AUGUGCGCUAAUAUCCCUGAAUUCGACUCAUUUUACGAAAAUGAAAAUAUAAACUACAACUUGGAAUCACUCACACCAUUGAAUUGCGACGUUAACUCGCCUUUUUUUCCUACAAAUAAUAAUGACGUCAACGUUAACUCCUACAACGAUGAGAAUUUAACUUAUUCCAACUUUUUAUUGUCUUAUAAGGAUAAGUUGACUACUACAACUACCAAAAAUAAUAGCAUCAAUAGUAGUAAUAAUAAUAAUAAUAAUAAGAAUAAUAAUAAUAAUAAUAAUAACAAUCUACUGGGCAAUGAUAUAAGCCAGAUGGCUUUCUUACUCGAUUAUCCUUCUACUCUCAAUGAACCGCAGUAUGCCGUAAAUUGUAAAGACAUUUACAAAAAGGAAAUAUCGACACCCUCCUCAUUAGUGUCAAGCUUGCCAUCUGCUAAAUUCUCGUUAUCCUUAUCAAAUUCCCCCUCUCCCCCGGCACCAUCAUCUUCCUCUUUGAGGAAGGGAGAAACGAUAAUUCCUAACGCCAGUUCCAACGGCGACAUAUUCGCCGAUCCAAAUGCAUUCGAAAAGGAGGCGUUACCCCUUACGCAAGAACUAACGUUAGAAAAUCUAAAUAAUCAAUUAAACUAUCCAGAUUUUACGAUAAACGCCAUUGAACAAGAUCCCCUCCCCUCUUCCUUUUCGUCGUCCUCGUCGUCGUCGUCAGAAUCAACCACUUCUUCCACGACAAAAAGGAAACCCUGUCAUGAUUCAUUUACACACUCAUCGCCCUCUUCUUCUUCUGAAUCCAAGAAGAUUUCCGACUCAAGAUUAUCCGCCGAGGGUCUAGCAAAAGUGCUGAACUUAGAAUCCCCUGAAGAAGCUCUGAAAAGAGAACGCUUUAUAUUGGGCAUUUUCCAAAAUGAGCUAAAUUACCCGCUAGGUUUCAAAACCUGGAUUAGAGACACUACAAAGGAUUACAGGACAAAAUUGAUUAAUCAACUGCAUGAACGCGUAAAGGUCAAGUACCCCGAAUACGAUCAGUCCAUAUUGGAAACAAUAAUUAGGCGAGGCACCUACUACAUGAUGCAGAGCAGGUUAAGGAGAGAAAGAAGGAUGAAAUUAAAAGAACGCAAAAGAACAACCUAG